AUGCAGCGCCUGCGGAACUUGGCGCACGAGGCGCUGACGUGGUCACAUCUCGGGGAGAAGCAGCGGCUGGUGUGGGCGGCUGCGCUGGAGCUGGAAGCCGUGCCCUUUCAGGAGCUGUUGGGCGAUUCGCAUGAUGGUAGGCUAGGCAAGAGUGGCGCGAGCCUGGACUUGCUGACUUUGGAUGGUUCUCAUGCUGUCCGAUGCUGGAACGCAUCGGUUUCCUUCAAGGAAGCGAGGCGCUUCCUGCGCAUGGCACGGUGGGUCUACAAGGCCAUUGAGAUUGCACUGAAGGGGCGUGCUCCAAGAUGCACAGUGGUGACCAGCAGUCGCCGGUUGCCCAAGAAGGUGAAAGCCUGGCUGCAGAACUCCGACGCUGAGCAUUGGGUCAUCACAAACCGUACCAUGAAGAGGCUGAGAUCGGGAAGGAAAAACUGCAGACUCGAAUGCGGAUCAGUUUUGAACAAUUUGCUGAGUGCAGAUGGUUUCUCCUGGAUGGAAAGCUGGGUGACACGCAGGUCUAGGUUGAGCGGUAGCCUUUCAAUCUAUCCACGCAUUCUCCAAAGCACCGGCGUCAGGUUGAGUGCUGCAGCUCCUUCUCCCGUUGCUGAAAAUGGCAUGCAGCCGCCCUUGAGACAAUGUCAGCGCGACUGCCUGGACGCUUGCGCCAAGGGUGCUCGAAUCAUCGAGAUGGCCUGCGGCACUGGGAAGACCCGGGUGAUCCAGGAGUUGGCGUCGGAUGUGUCAGGAAGGGUUUUGGUCACGGUGCCUCUACGAGCCUUGCUGGACCAGUUUGCUUCAGACUUCCGCGGCUUCUGCAAAGUGGGCACUGGCCACAACAAGAAGAUCGACUUCAAUGCCAAAGGUUUCAUUGCUGUCACGGAUUCGGUCCACUUGCUGAAGAAGUUGAAGUUUCACUCCAUUUUUGUGGACGAGGGGCAUCAUCCGUUGCCGUCCAAAAUGCCACGGUCGACCGAGUUGUAUCGGUUGUCAGCCACUCACAAGGACGAGCCGGAUUUCCGAUACACCAUGGGACAGGCGAUCGAAGAUGGGGUCUUGUGCGAUUACGAUAUCACAGUGCCUGCCUUGACUGCUCACCACGCAUACGUGUGUUUGGCAGAUUUGCUUCUGAAACAAGUUGGGAGGUUCAGGCGAGUGCUCGCGUAUUGCAACUCUGUUGCUGAAGCGAAACGCUUCCGGAUGGUGUUGAGGGAGCUGGGGCUGGCAGCAUGGCAUAUCAAUGCCAGGACACAUUUAAAGAAACGAGAAACUGUGAUUGACGAGUUUGCCGGGCCCCUGCAGAAACCAGUUCACGUGCUGGUCACUGUUGAAGUUUUGGGAGAAGGGAUCAACAUUCCCAAUGCGGACACCUGCAUGUUUGUGGAACCCCGAAAUAGCUACAGGAGCAUCAUUCAAGCUAUUGGGCGUGUGCUGCGCCAUCACCCUGCCAAGACUCUGGCACACAUCGUCCUGCCAGCUGUGGCAAUCCCAAGCUCAAGAUCUGCGUCCAUACCACAGACUGGUUCCAGGAAUAAAGAGAUCAAAGGUGAGGAGCAACCAAAUGCGAGGGAGGCCGAGACUCUUCAAAUCCCCAACCCUCAAAUGCACAGCCCGAAUCUGCGGAAAAACGGCGGUGAGCUGCCACCUGCAACUAUGCAGGUUGAACCACGCCGGCAGAUCCGGCAGGCAAGAACCCCACAAACAUCUGGUAUUGGUAAGGAGCAGAUGGCUUCCACCCCUAAGUCACCAGCUGCCAUCAGCAUCGCUGGCACGCGUGCUGCAGUGAAAAGGAAGGCGUCCGCAGUUCAUCCAGCACCUCCCACGAAUGGUCAGCGAAGAGAUGAAGUAUGCAGUGAACCAGACUGGGAAUUUGAAGCAAAGGGGCUGGAGCGAAAGCCUCGUCACUGCGGCAACGAACCUGAGCGGCAAGUCGGCCCAACAGCUCUAGUUGAUCGUCAGCAGCACAGUAAGCAGCAAGAAGAGUUGCACAAGACUGGUGGAUCUAUAGGACGCUUGCAUGGGCACCAGUCGAUCCAGACACUUGAAAAACAACUUCAAAAUCAAUACUUGGAACGAUCCAAAGCCAGCACUUCUGAUCCAACUUUGCCUGACAGGCCUGCCACAGUCAAAUGUUUGUUGAGUUUUGAUCAAGAACGAACACUUGUGAGGAAAGGGGAUGCGGUUCUUUCGAGGUCCCACCAACGAUUCAAAUUGAAAGCAUCUGGCGAUCAGCAGUUCAGUAGCCAACUGGAACGCUUUCUGGCCACGCUGAUGAUCGCAGAUCAUCGCCUCGUUGGUGCAACGGCAGGGCACAGAAUCCAGGUAGCAGACUGCACGCUGGAGGAUGCUGGUGCAAGCAUGACGGAAGGGUGGGCGGCAGAGAUCUACAGUUGGCUCUCUGCUGUUCUAUCUCGUGAGGACCACUGGGAGACUCGCUUGAAGGAAGUGGAGAUUUGCAAACAGAAAUGGGAGGCUCCCAAUUCGCCACUCCGCGUGCUGAAGGGUGGCAAACUGGCGACCCUGAUGGGCGUUUCAGUGAGAGAUGCCAGGAGGGUCUUAGCAGCAUAUUUGCCGGAUGAGAUGACCCAGCCGCCGGUUGGAGGCGGAGACAUCAGUCGGAUGCCGGAGCCUGAGCAACGUGCAGAGGUGGAGAUGGCUGGGUGGAUUUGGCAAGUCGGUCUGCUUCAUGUCUUUUCCCUGCUGAGUCAAGCGUUUUCAUUUAUCAAUCCGCCAAGAUUUGCUGGAAGGAUGCAGCUGAGACAGCUGGGAGCUUGGACGAUGGGCGUGGGAGCCACGCCAAAGCAUGUGGCCGGCCUUGACGACCGCGACGCGGCCUUCAUGCAGCGCCUGAGGAACUUGGCGCACGAAGCGUUGAGCUGGCCACAUCUGGGGGAGAGGCAACGGCUGGUCUGGGCUGCCGCGCUGGAGCUGAAUGCCGUGCCCAUGCAGGAGCUGUUAGAUCAGCUAUGGUGUCGUGAUGAGGACAUGCAGGUGGAAGACAAAACUAUGAGCCUAACCUUGCUGAGCUUGGACGGUUCGCAUGCCGUUGGCUGCUGGAACGCAUCCGUUUCCUUCAGGGAGGUGAGGCAUUUCCUGCGCAUGGCGCGGUGGGUCUACAAGGCCCCAAGAUGCACGGUGGUGACCAGCAGCCGCCGGUUACCCGAGAAGGUCAGAGCAUGGCUGCGGAACUCCAAUGCCGAGCAUUGUCUCAUCACAAACCGUACGAUGAAGAGGCUGAGUGCUGGACUUCCUUCUCCAGCUGAUGGAACUGGUGGCGUGCCGCCCUUGAGACAAUGCCAGCGCGACUGCCUGGACGCAUGCGCCAAGGGUGCUCGAGUCCUGGAGAUGGCGUGUGGCACUGGGAAGACCCGUGUGAUCCAGGAGUUGGUGACCAACGUCUUGAUCACGGUGCCUCUACGAGCCUUGCUGGACCAGUUCGCUCCGGACUUCCCCGGCUUCUGCAAAGUGGGCAUGGGCCACAACAAGAAGAUCGACUUCGAUGCCAAAGGUUUCAUGGCUGUCACGGAUUCGGUCCACCUGCUUAAGAAAUUGAAGUUUGACUCCAUUUUUGUGGAUGAGGCGCACCAUCCGUUGCCGCCCAAAAUGCCCGGGUCGAUGGAGUUGUAUCGGUUGUCGGCCACUCAUAAGGAAGAGCCGGAUUUCCGGUACACCAUGGGACAGGCGAUUGAAGAUGGGAUCCUGUGCGAUUACGACAUCACGGUUCCUGCCCUGACUGCGCACCAUGCAUACCUAUGUUUGGGAGAUUUGCUCUUGAAACAAGUUGGGAGGUUCAGGCGGGUGCUGGCCUAUUGCAAUUCUGUUGCUGAAGCGAAACGCUUCCGGAUGGUGUUGAGGGAGCUGGGACUGGCGGCAUGGCAUAUCAAUGGCAAGACACCUUCGAAUGAACGACAAGCUGUCAUUGCAGAGUUCGCCGGGCUCUUGCAAAAACCGGUUCACGUGCUUGUGACUGUAGAAAUUUUGGGAGAGGGGAUCAACAUUCCCAGUGCGGACACCUGCAUGUUCGUGGAGCCCCGAAAUAGCUACAGGAGCAUCAUUCAAGCUAUUGGGCGUGUGCUGCGCCAUCACCCUGCCAAGACUUUGGCGCACAUCGUCCUGCCAGCUUUGGCAAUCCCAAGCUCAAGAUCUGCGUCCGUGUCGCCAUCAAGUUUCAGAAAUAAACGUGAGGAGCAACCGAACGCAAGGAAGGUUGACAGCCUCAAUUGUCAGGGAAGUGAGUUGCCAAGUUUGCAGGUCGAACAGCAGGCGAGAAACCCACACACAUUUGGUACGGCUGAAGAUGAGGCGGCUACUAGACGGAAGUCACCUGCUGCGAUCAACGUGGCUGCCCCUCCUGCGACCACCAGGAGGCAGGGGGACACCUUUCAUUCAGCCUUUCAUUCAAACGGCCAGCAGGGUGAGAAAGUGCGCAGCGACCACGGGAAUUUUGACACAAGCCCCCUAAAGCGAAAGCGAGGCAACAGCAACUAUGCCGAACCUGAGACUCGAGUCAGUCCAUCAGCUAUGACACAUCGUCAGCAAGACCGUGUGCAGCAAGACCAUCCGCAAACAAAGUGUGGAUCUGUCAAAAACGUGCACAGGCACCAGCUGACCCAGACACCUCAUGAAGAAGUUGAAAAUCAAGACUUGGAAAGACACAAGCCAGGCACACGUGAUCCGACCACACCUGGCAGGCCAGAAGUGUUUGAACAAUUUGGAAGUGGGAUUGAGGCUGAAGAGCCAAAUAUGCAGAAGAGAGAGGCCAAGAUGAGCUCAAAGCUUCACCAAACAUUCAAAUUGAAAGCGUCCACCGGAUCUCCCAUGUUCGAUCAGCAGUUCAGUAGCCAGCUGGAGCGCUUCUUGGCCAUGCUGAUGUGGGCAGAUCAUCGCAUUGUCGGUGCAACCGCAGGGCACAGAAUCCAGGUAGCAGACUGCACUUUGGAGGAUGCUGGCGUAAAGAUGGAAGGGUGGACGGCCGAGAUUUACACUCGGCUCUCUGUGAUUCUAUCUGGGGAUGACCAUUGGGAGAUUCGCUUCAGGGAGUUGGAAGCGUUUGUGGACAAGCAUGGCAGGCUACCACUCCGCCAGUGCAAGUCUCACUAUGAGAGAGCAUUGGGCGCAUGGCUCAACAGCCAGGGCGCUUCUUUCAGAAAGCAGAGGCUGCUGUUGCAGAGGUUCCAAAAACUACUCUUGGCAUCCUCACCUCUGAUUCGCCGCCGUGCUAAAGGGUGGCAGAUAGGUGACAGUGAUGGGCUUUUCCAGGAGACAUGCAACCGGCUCAAAGAGUAUGUGCAGUUGCACUUGAGAAUGCCAGAGACGACAGGUCAUGAGGUUGGAUCCCCACCGUGGAAACUGGCAAAAUGGCUGGCACAUUUGCGGGGAGGGAACAGAAGACUAAGUCCUGACAAGAUGAAGACGCUGCAACAGGUGCAUCCCUUGGUCAAAGCUGAGCUACAGAAGUGGCAGAAUGCCCCACGACUCCAUCGGUCUCAGUGGGAGCGGAAGUUUGGUCAGCUCUGCUGGUUUGUAGGGGCGACAGGACGCCUCCCAAAAAGCCGUGGACAAAAGGAGCUUGAAAUGAGUAGCUACAGCUGGCUUCGGAUUCAGUGCCGAAAGCUUCUAAUAGGAUACCUGCCCGAAGACAUGGCGCAGUUGCCGUUUGGAGGUGGAGAGACCAGCCGGAUGCCAGAGCCUCAGCUGCUCAGAGAGUUCAAUUCCAGCGGUAUCAUGAGGGCGGUGGUGGCAGAUGGGGGCAGUGAACUGAAGCCUAAAGACAAUGAGAAAAGGGGGAAGACGCUCAGCGCAUCUGGCGUUGGCAGGGCUGCUUCUUGUCCCUGCGCUGCUGAGUCAAACGUCGUCAUUCAUCAAUCCGCCGAGAUCGGCCAGAAGGACGCAGCUCAGAGCUUGGACCACGGGCAUGAGAGCCGACUUGAUGAUCGUGACACGGCCUUCAUGCAGCGCCUGCGGAACUUGGCGCACGAGGCGCUGACGUGGCCACACCUCGGGGAGAAGCAACGGUUGGUAUGGGUGGCUGCGCUGGAGUUGGACGCCGUGCCCUUUCAGGAGCUGUUGGGCGAUUCCAAUGAUGGUAGGCCUGGACUUGCUGAGUUUGGAUGGUUCCCAUGCUGUCCGAUGCUGGAACGCAUCGGUUUCCUUCAAGGAAGUGAGGCUCCAAGAUGCACAGUGGUGACCAGCAGUCGCCGGUUGCCCACGAAGGUGAAAGCCUGGCUACAGAACUCCGACGCUGAGCAUUGGGCCAUCACAAACAGUACCAUGAAGAGGCUGAGGUUGAGUGCUGCAGCUCCUUCUGCCGUUGCUGAAAAUGGCAUGCAGCCGCCCUUGAGGCAAUGCCAGCGCGACUGCCUGGACGCAUGUGCCAAGGGUGCUCGAAUCGUUGAGAUGGCGUGUGGCACUGGGAAGACCAGGGUGGUCAAAGAGUUGGUUUCGAAUGUUUUGAUUACGGUGCCGCUGCUUGCUCUUCUGGAUCAGUUCGCUUCGGACUUCCCUGGCUUCUGCAAAGUGGGCACGGGCCACAACAAGAAGAUCGACUUCGAUGCCGAGGGGUUCAUGGCUGUGACAGAUUCGGUCCACUUGCUGAAGAAGUUGAAAUUUGAUGCCAUCUUUGUGGACGAGGGGCAUCAUCCGUUGCCGCCCCAAAUGCCACGGUCGGCCGACUUGUACUGCUUGUCCGCCACUCACAAGGAUGAACCGGACUUUCGAUACACCAUGGGACAGGCAGUUCAAGACGGGGUCUUGUGCGAUUACGACAUCACGGUGCCUGCCUUGACUGCUCACCAUGCAUAUUUGUGUUUGGGAGACUUGCUUUUGAAUCAAGUUGGGAGGUUCAGGCGCGUGCUGGCCUAUUGCAAUUCGGUUGCUGAAGCAAGACGCUUUCGCAUGGUUUUGAAAGAGCUGGGGCUGGCAGCAUGGCAUAUCAAUGGAAAGACACCUUUAAAGAAACGAGAAACUGUGAUCGAAGAGUUCGCCAGGCCCUUGCUAAAACCGAUUCACGUGCUUGUGACUGUUGAAGUUUUGGGAGAAGGGAUCAACAUUCCCAAUGCAGACACCUGCAUGUUUGUGGAGCCCCGAAGUAGCUACAGGAGCAUCAUUCAAGCCAUCGGACGCGUGUUGCGCCACCACCCUGCCAAGACUCUGGCACAUAUUGUGUUGCCAGCAGUGGCGAUCCCAAGCUCAAGAUCAGCGUCCGUGUCACCAUCAAGUUUCGGAAAGAAACCGAUCGAAGGCAACAGCAACUAUGCCGAAGCUGAUCAAACUACACCUGGCAGGCCUAGAAUCGGAAAUGUGCGAAAUGAGAUGGAUGAAGAGCCAACCAUGCAGACCCAGGCCACAGUUCCCACAAUUCGACACCACAGAUUCAAAUUGAAAGCUUCCACCCGAUCUUCUGAGCUCGAUCAGCUUUUCGGUAGCCAACUGGAACGCUUUCUGUCCAUGCUGAUGCGGGCAGAUCAUCGCAUUGUUGGUGCAACCGCAGGGUACAGAAUCCAGGUCGCAGAUUGCACUUUGGCGGAUGCUGGUGCAAAGAUGAUGGAAGGGUGGACGACCGAGAUUUACAAUCGGCUCUCUGCGAUUCUAUCUUGGGAGGACCAUUGGGAGAUUCGCUUCAGGGAGUUGGAAGCGUUUGUCGACCAGCAUGGCAGGCUACCACUUCGCAAGUGCGAGCCUCACUCUGAAAGAGUAUUGGGUACAUGGCUCCACAACCAGAACGCUGCUUUGAGAAAGCAAAGGCUACCAUUGCAUAGGUUUCAGAAACUUCUAUCGGCGUCCUCUCCUCUUAUCCGCCGCCGUGUUGAAGGGUGGCAGAUGGGUGCCGACGGGUUUUUCCUGCGGAGAUGCUAUGAGCUCGGAGAGUAUGUGCAGCUGCGCCACAGGGUGCCAGACUUGGCAAAUCAUCGGGUUGGGUCCUCACCCUGGAAAUUGGCAAAAUGGUUGGCGAAUUUGCGGGCAGGGAACAUCAGACUAGGCGCUGGCAGGAUGAAGAUGCUGCAAGAGGUGCAUCCCUUGGUCAAAGCAGAGCUACAGAAGUGGCAGAAUGCCCCACGACUCCUGCAGUCUAAAUGGGAGUGGAAGUUUGGUCAGCUCUCCCGGUUCGUUUUGGCAACAGGGCGCCUCCCAAAAAGUGGGAGAAAAAGCAAGGCGGAAAGCGGUUGGUACAGCUGGCUUCGUGCUCAGUGCCGGAAGAUCCUAGCAGGCUGCCAGUGGGAGGUGGAGAGAUUAGCCGGAUGUCAGAGCCUCAAGGAACGUGCAGAGGUCCAUGUUGAUUCCAGUACUAUCAUGAGGGCCGUGGUGGCAGAUGGGGCCAAUGAACUGACGCAGGUCAGAGCUUGGACCACGGGCAUGAGAGCCGCCUACGUUUUGGCUCGCUUAGGCGCUGACGUGGCCCCAUCUCGGGGAGAAGCAGCAGCUGGUGUGGGCGGCUGCGCUGGAGCUGGAAGCCGUGCCCUUUCAGGCCUGGACUUGCUGAGUUUGGACGGUUCCCACGCUGUCUGCUGCCGGAACGCGUCGGUUUCCUUCAAGGAGGUGAGGCGUUUCCUGCGCAUGGCACGGUGGGUCUACAAGGCUUCAAGAUGCACAGUGGUGACCAGCAGUCGCCGGUUGCCCAAGACGGUGAAAACCUGGCUGCAGAACUCCGACGCUGAGCAUCGGGUCAUCACAAACCGUACCAUCACGUUGAGUGCUGCAGCAGCUCCUUCUCCCAUUGCUGAAAAUGAUGGCAUGCAGCCGCCUUUGAGGCAAUGCCAGCGCGACUGCCUGGACUCAUGCGCCAAGGGUGCUCGAGUCAUCGAGAUGGCCUGUGGCACUGGAAAGACCCGAGUGAUCCACGAGUUAGUGUCAAAUGUGUUGAUCACGGUUCCCUUGCGAGCCCUGCUGGACCAGUUCGCUCCCGACUUCCCCAGCUUCUGCAAAGUGGGCACUGGCCACAACAAGAAGAUCGACUUCGAUGCCAAAGGUUUCAUUGCUGUGACAGAUUCGGUCCACUUGCUGAAGAAGUUGAAAUUUGAUUCCAUUUUUGUGGAUGAAGCGCAUCAUCCGCUGCCGCCCAAGAUGCCAGAACCGACCGAGUUGUAUCGGUUUUCGGCCACUCACAAGGAUGAACCGGAGCCGGAUUUCCGGUACACCAUGGGACAGGCAAUUGAAGAUGGCGUCCUGUGCGACUACGACAUCACUGUGCCUGCCUUGACUGCUCACCAUGCGUACGUAUGUUUGGCAGAUCUGCUGCUGAAGCAGGCUGGUCGUUUCAGGCGGGUGCUUGCGUAUUGCAAUUCUGUUGCUGAAGCGAAACACUUCCGGAUGGUGUUGAAAGAGUUGGGGCUGGCAGCAUGGCACAUCAAUGGAAAGUCCCCUUCGAAAAAAAGGCAAACUGCGAUUUCAGAGUUUGCCGGGCCCUUGCAAAAACCGGUUCACGUGCUUGUGACCGUGGAAGUUUUGGGAGAAGGGAUCAACAUUCCCAAUGCGGACACCUGCAUGUUCGUUGAGCCACGGAAUAGCUACAGGAGCAUCAUUCAAGCCAUCGGGCGGGUGCUGCGCCACCACCCUGCCAAGACUUUGGCGCACAUCGUGCUGCCAGCUGUGGCAAUCCCGAGCUCAAGAUCAGCAUCAGUCUCACCAUCAAGUUUUGGAAACAAAGCGAUCGAAGGUGAGGAGCAACCAAGUACAAGGGAGGUUCACAGUCUCAGUGGUCAAGGAAGUGAGCUGCCAAGUUGGCAGGUCGAACACCAGGAGGCGAGAAACCACACAUUUGAUACUGCUGAAGAUGAAGUGGCUUCUAGACCGAAGUCACCUGCCGCAAUCAGUGUUGCUGCCCCACCUGCUGCAGACACCAGGAGGCCGGCAGAUAAAGUUCCUUCAAAAGCUCUGCGGAGAGACAAAGUGCGCAGCAACUCGAACUUGGAUUUCGAAGGAGGAAGGCUCGAGCGAAAGCAUUGCUGCGGAAACCAUGGCAAAUCUGGAAGGCAAUUCAGUCCGACGGCACCUAUAGAUUUGCAGGAAGAUAUGGCGCACCCAGAACAUUGCCAAAAAACCUGUAGAUCCAUGGGAAGCUCGCAUCAGCACCAGCAAACCCACACGCCUCAGAAAGAGCUUCAAAAUCAAAACAUGGAAGGAUUCAGACAGAGUACUUCUGAUCUAACGGUUGGCCAAGGGCCAGAAAUUCAGAAGACCCGGGCCAUGGCCUGUGCAAAGCGAGAGCAAACUUUCAAAUCGAAACCAUCCACCGGAUCUCGCAUGUUCGAUCAGCAGUUCAGUAGCCAGCUGGAACGCUUUUUGGCCACACUCAUGAUGGCAGAUCAUCGCCUUGUUGGUGCAACUGCAGGGCACAGAAUCCAGGUAGCAGACUGCACUUUGGCCGAUGCUGGUGCAAGCAUGAUGGAAGGGUGGACGACUGAGGUUUACAAUCGCCUCUCUGCAAUUCAAUCUCGUGAGGACAACUGGGAGGCUCGCUUUAAGAGCUUGGAAGCAUUUGUCGAAGAGCAUGGCAUGCUCCCACUUCGCGAGUGCGAGUCCCACUAUGAAAGAGGAUUGGGCGCAUGGCUCAACGGCCAGUGCGCUGCUUUCAGAGAGCAAAGGCUGCCAUUGCACAGGUUUCAGAAGCUGCUGGCUUCCUCACCUCUAAUUCGCCGGCGUGCUAAAGGGUGGCAGACGGGUGACACCGAUGGGCUUUUCGGGGAGAGUUGCAAUCAGCUGAGAGAGUAUGUGCAGCUGCACCACAGGUUGCCAGACUUUGCAAGUCAUCAGAUUGGGUCCUCACACUGGAAACUGGCAAAAUGGGUGGCGAAUUUGCAGGGAGGGAACAUCAGAUUAGACACUGGCAAGAUGCAGAUGCUGCAGGAGUUGCAUCCCUUGGUCAAAGCUAAGUUUCAGAAGUGCCAGGAUGCUCCGCGACUCCGGCUGGUUCAAUGGGAGCGGAAAUUUGGUCAGGUCUCCGAGUUUGUGUUGGCAACAGGACGCCUCCCAACAAGCCGUGGAGAUCAGCAGGUUGAAAGAAGCUGCUACACGUGGCUUGGGGUUCAGUGCCGCAGGCUUCAAGCAGGAUACCUGCCGGAUGACCUGGCCCAGCGACUUCGGAAUGCUCACCCCUUGAUUGCUGCAUACAUUGAUGUGUCUGCUUAAAUGAUUCGGAGCUCUGUGUCAGCUUGCAAGCGAGCUUGGCACAUAGAGGCUACUUGCCGCUGUCCUUCUGUUCCCUUGUUGUGUCUAACUUGCAAUUUACAAAGCAUCAGGUGAAACUUCCCUGACAGGACAAAGAUCGAGUUUAGUGGUGCCACUUUGUUCUGCCAUGUCCAAAAA